CUACGAGAUUCUAAUUCUAGGGUUGUCUUUCAUUUCAUUCUGCAACACAUAGCGAUGGCGGCGAGAAAUGCUCUCCUUCGAUACCUUAGAGUCAACGUCAAUCCAUCACUACUAAACCCCACAACAAUCGGCGCUAGAGAAGCAGCACUGCCUUUCGCCGUCCUUCUUCGUCGUUUCUCGGAGGAAGUAAGAGGAUCUUUUCUAGACAAAUCUGAUGUCACAGAUCGCGUUAUCUCCGUCGUCAAAAACUUCCAAAGAGUCGAUCCCUCAAAGGUAACACCGAAAGCCCAUUUCCAUAACGAUCUAGGGUUAGACAGUUUGGACAGUGUGGAAGUUGUGAUGGCAUUGGAGGAAGAAUUCAAAUUUGAGAUCCCUGAUAAUGAAGCUGACAAGAUCCAGUCCGUCGAUCAAGCUGUUGAUUUUAUCGCUUCUCAUCCUCAGGCCACUUAAAAAAGGGAAACAAAUUCUUCAGUGUUAUGCCAUCAUGCCUUCUGUGCCCAAUAAGAAGUUCAGAAACAAACAUAUUUUUUUUGGCUCUACUUUUGUUUUCAUAUGGUAUUAGAUGUGUUCUUUGCUUGAGUUUACGAGGUCUUUCCUGAAACUUUGUUGUUCUUGACAAUCUUUUGAUGAAUAAUGCAUCUGAGACUCGUUGCA